AGGAACAGAGCUCAACUGCGCAGAGACGAAGACGGCGCGACCAUCCCCAUACCUUUAUUUCCUUCUCCAAGGUCAGCUAGCGCCGCCGCCGGCCCCUCCUCCGGCGAUUCGCCGCCGCCGCAGGGUCCCCGCCUCGAGGAGCAGCAAUAAGAACGUCAUGGCUUGCAAGGUGAGAGGGGACAUGAGUAAGCUCCUCCCGGUCACCUCCUUCUUCAUCGGCGCAGCGUUGACGGCGGCCUUGGUCUUCUUCGGGGCUACCCUUGAUGUUAACUGGCGGCCCUCCGCCCUGACCUCAUGGGGCAAUGGUGCUCGGCCGGCUCCUGACGAGAAGAUGAAAGCAUUUGCAGAGCUUGCAGAGGUGCUGAAGAACGCGUCAAUGGAGGACAAGACCGUGAUCGUGACGUCGAUCAACCGGGCCUACGCGGCACCCGGGUCGCUCCUGGACCUUUUUCUGGAGAGCUUCCGUCUCGGCGAGGGGACCGCGGCGCUGCUGGACCAUGUCCUUAUUGUGGCUGUCGACCCGGGCGCAUUCCGGAGGUGCCGGGCGGUUCACCGCCACUGCUACCUCCUCCGGCAAUCCCCCAGCGCCGUCGACUACAGUGGCGAGAAGCACUUCAUGACCAAGGACUACCUCGACAUGAUGUGGAGCAGGAACAGGUUCCAGCAGACCAUCCUCGAGCUCGGCUUCAACUUCCUCUUCACGGACAUCGACAUCAUGUGGUUCCGGAACCCACUGCGGCGCAUUGCCAUCACAUCGGACAUCGCCAUCGCCAGCGACUUCUUUGACGGGGACCCGGAGAGCAUGGGGAACCGGCCCAAUGGUGGGUUCCUCUAUGCACGGUCGAUGAACCGCACGGUGGAGUUCUACCGGCGGUGGCGGCGGGCAAGGCGGCGGUUCCCGCCAGGAACCAACGAGCAGGAGAUCCUGGGCCAGGCGCAGGGGGAGCUGAGCCGGCGGGCCGGUGUGCGGAUGCAGUUCCUGGACACGGCCCACUGCGGCGGGUUCUGCCAGCUCAGCGGCGACAUGGGCAAGGUGUGCACCCUGCACGCCAACUGCUGCACCGGCCUUGCCAACAAGGUACAUGACCUCAAGAACGUGCUCAGGGACUGGAGGAACUACACGGCGGCGCCUCCUGAGGAUAGACGCCGGGGAGGGUUCCAGUGGACCAGACCCGGUAGAUGCAUCCAUUGACACACUCCACAGACAUUCUGAUAUUGAUUUUACGAGGUCAUCACACAUUUAGCUUUUAGCAAUGCUGGAUUUUGUUGUUACGUUGUAAAGAAAAUGUUCCAAUUGAUCGUGUCGUAGCUUGCACUGUUUGCAUACCAAUGUCGUUAGGGAUUUUCCAGAAUUGUGAUGGAAUAUCUGCAGGAGUAAAUGUUACCAACCAUAGCCUGUACUGAGACAGUAUUCAAACAUCUACUUUAUCUUGCCUUGUCUUUUUUGACUCGCCAGUCAUUCUUAAAACAAAAUUUUCAACAGCUCAGGCAAACAGAAGAGAAAAAUGAACCCUAGUCGACAGGUCAACAGUCGGUAAGUCAAAACAUGCUCCUCUAGGAGUUAAACUUGAGACCACACAAUAAUGACCAACCUUCAGACGUGCAUUAAUAGGAGUUACCAAGAACAUUAUAAGCAAUGUAGAAAGUAGAUGCUUGAAGUGAACUGAUGAACAAGCAUCUUCAGCAAAUAAAUUUAAGUAGACAACUGACCAAAUAUCUGAAAAUGUUUUAGCAUACAAUUC